GGAAGAAGGACAACGAGCCACGGGGAAGGACGAGCGCAGGGAGGCAAAGGAGCACCUCAGGGGAGACACGGAAGGGCAAGGGAGAAAGAAAGGAAAACCAGAAAAAAACCAAGCGCUUCAAGAGUGUAAAGGAAGCCAAAGAGGCCACGGGGAGGCAGACAGAGCCAUGCCCCACAGCUCCGACAGCAGCGACUCCAGCAGCUUCAGCCAGUCCCCCCCUCCCAGCAAGCAGGACUCUUCUGAUGACAUGAGAAAAGUCCAGAGGCGGGAGAAGAACCGCAUCGCUGCCCAGAAGAGCCGCCUGAGGCAGACACAGAAAGCAGACACGCUGCACUUGGAGAGCGAAGACCUGGAGAGGCAGAACGCGGCUCUGCGCCGGGAGAUCAAGCAGCUGACGGAGGAGAUGAAGCACUUCACCUCGAUGCUGAGCUCCCACGAGCCGCUCUGCUCCAUCCUGACCGCGGCGGCUCCGCCGCCCCCGGAGGUGCUCUACGCCACGCACUCCUUCCACCAGCCCCACAUCAGCUCCCCACGCUUCCAGCACUGAGCCGCCGCCGGACACAGAGCCCGCGGGCUCGGCGGGCGGCCACGGCCACCGCGCGGGGCUCGCUCUU